AUCGGCAUUGUGCUUUCGCUUGCCACGGUUGCCAUCCUGAUGGUCAUGUUCCAGAACAACUUCAGAGUAGUCGGCGCAACAGAAAAACUCUUCGAGUACGUCUUUCUACUUUUCGCCAUGCUGUUAACCAAGGGCCCUUCUAGCUGCCCGAAGAACACCCGUGUGCUCAUCGGUGUGUGGUGGUUAGCCGUUGUCUUUGCUACCACUUCUUUCACAAGUCACAUGCAGGCCAGCAUGGCCAUAAAGACUGAGGUUCCUCGUCUAGAAAGUGUUGCAGAUAUCAUCAAGCACCGACGCAUUGUGCCCACUAUUAUCGAUGGCAUGGCUUUCGACGUCUUUUUCAGGACUUCGGCCAAUGCCGAGGACCGAGAGCUUUGGCACCGUGUCCAGCAACACCGCAGCCAGCUACCGUUCAAUAAAGUUUUCCGACGGGAGACAUAUGAAGCUGUACUGGAUGGCCGACAGGUGGUCUUCAUGGAGCAGUCUCUUUACCACUACGGCAUUCGGCGUCACUAUUCACACGAGCCUCCCAGGGGUCAAUUCUAUUUCGGAAAGGUGAACGUGCUCACAGUUCCGUGUGCAAUAUUCGUGAGCUACAACGCCACUAAGAUUGUGCAGAAAAGCCUGCAUCAAACCACACGCUGGAUCUGCGAGUCCGGACUGGUCGAUCGCCACCUGGAAAAAGUGCUGCUGCAGACAUGGCGACAGAUUGAGAGCCCGCACAACGCGGUUGAGGCCAUUCGUGCUGAAGACAUCUCCGGGCUCUUCGCCGUCUGGAUAAUGGGAAUGGGCAUGGCAGCCGCAGCCACAAUCGGCGAGGCAGUCGUGGCGUGCAGACAACGCAUUGGGGCUGCAGUGGCCCGUAUUGGCAUCAGGCGGCGCCGCAACAGGCUGAAGCGCCUUCCCAUAAUUUCUCACUUGUAA